AGUGUGAAAAUCACUAGCACAUAUGGUGUAAAUCGCGCCAAGUGAAGUGGUUCCCACUCGCGGAAAGUUGUUGUUUCUGGUAGUGUAGUCGAGGUGGGAUAAAUGUGAAGGAUUAUUACCCCGGAGCAAAGUCGAGUCCUACGCGAAGUGUCGUUGUGAUUAUUUCGGCGCCAGCGAAUGAUAUGUCAAGUGUGAUAUGUGAACGCAGUUGAUGAAACGGUUGACUUGGUGAAUGCUAAUAGGAUUGCUGACUGCUUGUUCGGAAGGGAGUAUCGCAAAGGAACGCAGGAGUGGAAGGGAAAAUGGGGUUGGAAAGCAAGUACGAAAUGGAAGAAAACGGAAAGAGUACCAAUUGUGUUGACGGUGAUGUGAAACAGUUGAACUUUUCCAAUAACGACGAUGAUGUGGGGGAGAAUGAACGAACUGAGCUGUACGAGAAUGUCACAAAUAGUGAAAAAACGAAAAAUGGCCCAGAGUUCGAGAAGAUGCUGCCCGACUUUGAGGAUAUGUUCAAGGAUAUGCCGCUGACGCAGGAUACAACUUGUGGGAUCUGGAUAUUCAAGGGAUCAUUUCUACAGAAGUUUGCCAACAAAAAGGCUUACGUUUUCCUGUACGGCGUCGUUGGAUGCAUAUUCUCCGCUACUUAUGCGUACUUUAAUGGCACAAUCACAACGCUAGAAAAGCGAUAUAAAAUUCCGAGCAAAAACACCGGCAUUAUCUCGGUCGGAAAUGACAUUAGCUCAUUGUUCCUGUCCGCCAUACUCAGCUACUAUGCAGGCAAGGGUCACCGUCCCCGGUGGAUAGCGUUCGGUUUGUUCACCAUAGUGCUGUUCUGUUGGUUGACUGCCGUUCCCCAUCUGUUGUAUGGGCCCGGUGAAGCCGCACUGGCAUUAACCACCGAAUAUGGAGCAACGUACGACGAAGAUCAAACCAAAGAGGUGUUCGAAGCACAAAAAGCGAAGACACUGUGCCGGGGCAAUGGAACCCGAGGAGCUGAGUGCGAAAUAGAGGAAGGUAAUCUGGCCCCGCAAGCAGUGCUGUUCGUAGCGCAGUUCAUCUCGGGUAUCGGAAGUUCUUUGUAUUACACGUUGGGCGUUUCAUAUAUGGAUGACAACAUCAAAAAGUCGAAAACUCCGGCUCUGGUUAGUGUCUCGUAUUUCUUGAGAAUGCUUGGGCCAGCCAUUGGCUACACGUUGGCUUCCUAUUGCCUGAAGUUGUAUAUUUCGCCGCGUAUGACGCCAACCAUCACGAACAACGACCCGCGAUGGUUGGGAGCUUGGUGGCUCGGUUGGUUGGUGCUUGGGUUAGUUCUGGCUUUCUUCGCUUUGUUCAUUGCGAUGUUCCCGAAACAGCUUCCAAGAGCAGCUAUAAGGAAACGAAUAUCAGCUGAGAAACAGAAACUUGGAAUGAAGCUAAGCGAGGUAAAGAAAGAGAAUGAGCUGCCGGCAUCAUUUAAAGACAUGAUGAUCACAUUCAAACGAUUGGUGAAAAACAAAAUUCUGAUGUUGAACAACAUCGCUUCAGUAUUCUACUUCUUCGGGUUCAUGCCGUAUUGGAUCUUUACACCCAAAUACAUCGAGACGCAGUACAAACAAUCGGCUUCUACAUCCAGUUUGGUUACUGGCACGGUGGCACUGGGUUUCUCCGCUAUCGGUGUGCUUCUUUCCGGUAUUGUAAUAUCGAAGUACAAACCAAGAGCACGGUACAUGGCUGCGUGGAACGUUUUAGUGGGACUACUUUCCGUAAUGGGUAUGAUAACUUAUGCCUUCCUGGGGUGUACCGCAGGAGAAAAUUCCGUCAUCGUCAAUCAUGCCUCUAGUACCGACUUAAUUCCAACUUGCAAUUCCAACUGUCAGUGCGACUAUGUGAAGUAUUCACCGAUUUGCGGGGAAGAUGGAAAUACCUACAUUUCUGCAUGUCAUGCCGGUUGCAAACAACAGUAUCAAAGCGGAGAUCUCAAGAUUUAUGAUGAUUGCUCCUGUAUUUCUGGAAGAAACUAUUCAAGCCCGAAUCCGGUACUUGAAAGGUUACUGUCUACAAACAACAUUUCGGAAAGUUCAUACUCUCUCACAUACAGUAAGCUGGAAUCUCACGGGGGAAAAGCACUGGCUGGGCCAUGCCCUCUGGAUUGCCAGAAGGAAUUUAUCACUUUUUUGGUAGUGAUGUGUUUCCUGAAGUUUUCCGGUGCCACUGGCAGGGCCAGUAACUUUUUGGUAUCGGUCCGAUGUGUCGACGAGAAAGACAAAACCGUAUCGAUGGGAUUUGGAAUGAUGCUGCUCAGUUUGCUCUCCUUCAUACCGAGUCCAAUAUUUUUCGGGCUGGUCCUGGAUAAAACGUGUCUAGUGUGGGGGAAGACAUGCUCCGGUAAAGGAAACUGCUGGUUGUACGAUGGAGAAUCGUUAAGGUACCUUAUGAACUUCAUUGCAGCAGCGUUUGUUCUCGCAGGAACCCUGGUCGAUUGUGGAGUUUGGUACUACGUCAAGGAUUUGAAGAUUUUCGACGAUGAUGUUAAAGAAAAGGAAAUAGCUUUGGCGGAAAAAGAGGAAGAAAUCACAACUGAUCGGCCGUCAUAGCAAGGUUAGCUGAUAUUGGUGCUUAUUUUAGUUUAUUAUAGUGUGUAAGUUUGAGAACAUUCCAAAGACUCAUUUGUACAUUAAAUUCAAAGGAAAUAAAAUCUGUUUAUAAAACGUCGAUGAUUAGGUUUUAAAUCCAUAAAGUUGUCAUAUUGAUAAACAAUAAUGCUAUAAAAAUUACUGCGAAGGUCGCAAGAUAUAUAUGAGAUUUUUGAUAACAAAAUAAAAUACAGUUCUUUCCACUACUGA